AAUUUAUUACACAAAGAUGCUUCUGGUCUAUCCCAAGUAGACCCCACACACCCUGCACUUUUGCUCUUUUCCCCAUUUUUGCAGGCGGUGAUCUUCGGAGGUAGGAAUCCAUAACCAGUCACCUCCUCUCAGAAUCUAUUCUCUCAUUCUCACUUUUGCUGCUAUACUGCCUGAUUUGCUCGCGCAAUUUUUUUUUUUUUUGGUUAAAUCCAGUGGAAGUUCGUUUUUUCUUCUGCUUCACAGAUUUUCCUGAGAAAGUGGGGUUGAUUCUGGACUCUGUCAAAUAUCGUGCGAUUUUCCCCGGGAAGAACAAAAUCUUUUUUUUUUUUUUUUUUUAUGUUUUUUUUGUUUUUGUUUUCUUAACGCUUUGGUAUUUGUUAGUGGGUUUGGAUUAUUGAUCAUCGAGUUUGCGUGGAAGUGCUAGGCGCGGGCGGGUUGAUUUUGGUUUAUUGCGGGAUCGAUCUAUUUUGAAACGCGAUUUGGUGUCUAGGGCUGUAUAAUUCUAGGUUUCUGCUGGCGGGUUUAGUUUUCUAGGUAUGGGUCGUGGGAUAUUAAGGUGAAAAUUGUGGAAAUUUUGUUUUUGUUGAGGUUUCUGUGUUGAAUUUAGAGAGUGAGAAUGAAGAGGGGGAAAGAUGAGGGGAAGAUUAUGGGACCGAUGUUCCCGAGGCUACAUGUCAAUGAUACAGAGAAAGGAGGGCCAAGAGCACCUCCCAGGAACAAGAUGGCCCUCUAUGAGCAGCUCAGCAUCCCUUCCCAGAGAUUCAACCAUGGGGUCAUGCCCCUCAACCCUAGCAACAACGCUACCAGCAUGGUUCCAUCGGGAUCGACAAGCCAUGGAAAUGGCCAUGAUAGAAAUAUGCAUUUCCCACGUCGCCUAAUUCCUUCAACACCUGCUGACCUGGCUGAGAGGCUUCCUACUGGCCCGUCUGAUGGUGUAAAUUUGGACACUUCGUUGGCACAACUUGACCAGGGCAAAAAGGUAGGAGAUGAAGAUGAUUUUAUGGUUCCUGUCUUUGUUCACUCAGAAAUGGAUCAGUGUUAUGUUAAAACCCAGAACAACGGAGAUGUGGAAAGAGUCAGUUUCUUCAGCUCAUCUCGUUCUUGUCAUUCUAAUGAGCAACAAAAUGCCUGUGAUAAGGAUCUUAAACAAAAUGCAUCAGGUCUCAGCUUAAGACAGGAAGCGAACAGUAAGGGCGAGGAGAAUCCAUCAAGCAGGGACUAUAUGUUAAAAUCUGCCACAAAUAUGUCAACUAGAAGAGAGCUUGAUGGAUCUGCAAAGCAAGUCGAUGCAUCUUCAAAUCAAGAGCACCAAGGUCAUCCUAGGGAUAAUUUUAAAAUUUUUUGUGACACUGAUACUUUCUUGCAAGAAGAGCAUAAAGCUGGCUCAAAAUACGAGGGCAUUGCAUGUGGUGAUGGUUUUCCAAAUGAGCCUCUGAGAGACGAACAAAGGGGAAGUGCUUUGAGGAUGCUAAAAAGUGAUUCUCAUUCAGGGAUAGCUAAUAGUAAUCCUAAUGAACCUGAUAAUGAUGGUGAAUACUGUGGAGACAGGACACAUGGGUCUCUACAAACUGGAACUGUGGACAGAAGCGACGAUAUCUCUGAGACCUCCAUGGUGGAUUCAAUUUCAGGCUUGGAUAUAUCUCCUGAUGAUGUUGUAGGAAUAAUGGGUCAGAAACUUUUUUGGAAAGCAAGGAGAGCCAUUGUCAAUCAACAAAGAGUGUUUGCGGUACAAGUAUUUGAAUUGCAUAGGCUGAUGAAGGUUCAGAAAUUGAUUGCAGCCUCACCACACCUUUUGAUUGAAGAUGAUGCUUAUUUGGGCAAGCCUACUUUGAAGGGUUCUUCUGCCAAGAGACUUGCAUCUGAGUAUAUUGUGAAACCUCGGCAACAUAGUCUCAAGCAGCGCAAAGAUGAAUCUGAGAAGCCAACCCAUGAUUUGGAAUGCUCUGCGGAAAAUGCAGUGGGAAAGACAUCUAUUUCUUCUGCCAAAAAUGGUAGUCAGCCUUCAAAUUGUGGUCCUUGUCUAGGGGACUUACCUCCUGCACCUGUAACUGAUGCUAAAAUGGGUCCUUGGUGUUUCCAUCAGCCACCUGGGCAUCAAUGGUUGGUUCCUGUAAUGUCGCCUUCAGAAGGUCUGAUAUAUAAGCCAUAUCUUGGGCCUGGAUUUGUGGCCCCGAUUUGUGGAGGAUGUGGACCUACGAGUUCAUCCCCCUUGACAGGUAACUUCUUGAAUUCAGCUUAUGGGGUUCCUGCUUCUCAUCAUCGUAGUCAGGGAAUGCUUCCUGGUGCUCUAGUUGGUCAUGGCUACUUCCCUCCUUAUGGUAUGCCGACCUUUAACCCAGCCGCAUCAGGCUCCGCUGUUGAGCAAGCAAACUGGUUUGCUGGUCUAACUUCAAAUGGUCAAACUACUCAGUUUUCGGGUGGAAGAACUGACAUUAAUGUGCAAUGUCAAAGCUCCGGUAAUGUGCUAGGCCAGAAAAACGGAGCUAUUUCACAUACAAAGUUUCAGGCAUCCAAAGAUGGUGAGGUACAAGGAAGUACAGAGAGCAAUCCUGCAGAGAGAACAGAAGCGGGGACAGGUCCUACUGCUGUAGGAAGAGAUGCACUUCCUCUUUUCCCUGGUGCAGUAGCAGCAGCUGCAGCAGUUGUUCCGGAAGGAGAUUCGCAGACUCGUGAUACUGACCAGCCAGCACGAGUGAUCAGAGUUGUACCUCACAAUCGCAGGUCAGCAACUGAAUCGGCAGCUAGAAUUUUCCAGUCUAUACAAGAAGAGAGAAAACAAUGUGACACCAUAUAGUAAAUGUUGUGGGGGGAAAAGAACAGCCUGGCUGAUAAAUGAUCCUGGGCUUAUCAAAGUUGGUGUGCUGCUUCGUCAUUUCCUUCGCACAUUCUGGGUAUGAAGUUUUGUAACUUGUUCUUCCUUUGUCUGUUAUUAUAGGUCGUUCAUAUGUAAAUAUAAUUUUGUAAGAUAAGAACAAAUCAGUGUUAAGUUGUCUUCUUGUAAGCAAUGGACUGAGCAUGUCAAAACAUGUAAAUGUGCUGUUGACUUUUAACUUUCUGUGGCAUCUUUGUACCUUACAACCUUAAUAUGAAGAACAGAUGAGCUAGCA